AUGCUUCGGUUUAUUUCCAGAGUUCUUGCCUUCUUCCGGAGGAGGGUGGACUCGUCGGAGGCCGAGAGGGAGCAGCAUAUGAGGCUUUUGGAAGGUGGCACCAGGUUGAAAACUGUACAAGGAGUUGUGACGAAUAUCUAUAGUGAUUAUGGUUUGAUUGAUGACUUAAUCUACUUCAGUAGUGAUGUCGUGACUGGUGAUGUCCCUCUGAAGGUUGGACAAGAAGUCACUGCCAUUGUGGGAAAAGAUAAAACAUAUGGAUUGAAAGCAAUCAAAGUGGAUGCGCUCUGUGACAGUUGCCAUGGCAAUGGGCCCCCGGACUCCUAUGCUAGAGUUUCAUUUGGCUGUGUUUCCACUGUCGUGGAAGGCGCUAACUACAUUGAUCACACAACCUACUUCUCUCUAGAUGUCGUUUGUAAAGGUUUCGAGCCUUACCAGGGGGACCGAGUAGAAGUUGAGUUUUGCACCCCGUCGGACACACUGAGCAGAAGAGCCCUGUCGGUGAAGCCUCAGAGACAUAAGCAUGUGCAUGAGGUCUGCAUUACUAGCCUCCAUGGAAGAAAUGGGGUGAUAGAUGAUAGCAUCUUUUUCACCUUGGAAUCUCUGAAGCUGCCUGCUGGAUACACACCUCAAGUAUCCGAUGUUGUUAACGCUGUCGUGGUGGAGAGCAUCCAGUCCUGCUAUACUUGGAGAGCGAUUUCUAUGACUCCAGUGAAAAGGUGCUAAUAAGAGAAUAGCAUUUGUGUUCCCUGGGUGUCUUCUCUUUUCUUAUUAGCAAAAGUCCUGGUUUAAAUGUGUUUUGUGAAAAAGAGCUUAGUAAGCCUAAGUUAAUUCAAGCUAAAUUAACUAAACAGUUAAUUCAAGCACAGCCUUUCAAGUUCCAUGUGGGCUGGUU